AUGCCAACGGUUCACCUCGAACACGCCUACCCUACCUCGAGUAGACGGGAUAGAUCUCAGCCAUUCUUUAAACGACUCUGGAACUACCUCUCUUCGUACACACCCGAUCUCACUGCCCCCACAUCGACAAUCAUAUUACAAGUCGCCACAUUUGUGGCGCUCGCGUUCUUCACGCUCUUUCUCGUGCUCCUCAUCGUCAGUGUGGGCCUAUGUUGCAGCUCCACAGUGUUCAUAAUCGGACAUGCUGUCCUUCGCAGAAGUCAUAAUCAUCUCCUCGAGGGUGUCCCUUUGUUGUGGUCAUUCAAAGUUGGAUUAGUCGGGAACACGAUCACUUUCGUGGGUGUUAGCCUUGUCCUGUCACUGGCGGCUGUGGUUAUGCCUCAGGCCGUUCAGAUACUUCGUUGUCUCCUCGUGUCGGCUUUCGUCCCCGUCGCAGGCGCUAUAGGUGCAGCGAUCUUGGGCUCUACGAAGGAUUUGGUAGAGGGUGCUGUUGUCGCAGGAUGCUUGGGUACCGCGGCUUGUUGUGGCUGCUUCUCUGGCUGUCUUUAUACUCGGGGUGUUUAUAACGUUGCUUUUCCCUUGUCUCUCUAG